AUGGUGAAGACAUUUUUUCAGAAGAAUGCUUACGUUUUUAUUCUUGAUGGCUUGAUAAUUUCUUUUACAAAAAUAUUCCAGGACGAUGCUGUCAGUCGGUGGGAUUCUCAUGUAUUGCAUUUUAUUUAUGCCAAUGCUCUUUUAGCUAUUGAACUAUAUUCAUUCAAGGCUAAAUCUGAUUGCACACCUAUAUUAGAACUAGAAAGCAUUCUAUUCGAUCCUCAUUCACGCUUUCAUAAACGUAGUAUUAAUUCCACCAAUGUGGCACAAGAAAUUCGUUACGGAAUUGAUAAGAACGCUGUUUGCCGAUUUGACAAUAUCAUUAAGUUAUUACCGCAUUUAUCAGUGAAUAAGUUAAACAUGCAGGAAUACCAGGAAGAAGUGAACUAUGAAGAAACGAAUGAGAAUUCAUCACACCUCAAUAGUUCCACCUCUUUAAAUUUAAGAGAAUAUUCUAUUCCAUAUGUUAAUUAUGAAGAUGCACCGGUUUUGUUGGAUUUCAUCAAUUUAUUUGGAAGGCUGUCCGGUUUCGAUCGAUUGAAAUCACGUCUUAUGGCUCUAGAGAAUAACGAUGAGAAACCGCAACAACAACAGCAAAACGUAGAGGAAGACAAAAAGGAGGAAGAGCAGCAGUCAACUGAUAGGACAGAGCAUUUAUCACUCAGUUUAAUAUAUGCUUAUCUCCAACCUUUUGCACUGUGUUGUUAUUUUCUGAAUGACUCAGUGAUUGAAGAAUAUUUUCAGCCGAUAGUUAAACCCGAAUGUCUAACUGAGGCAGAAGAAGAAAACCGCGAAUGUCCAACUGAGGCAGAAGAAAAGAACCAAGUGGAAAAGUCUGUGGAAGAUACAAGAAAAAGAGUCUAUUGUCGACAUUGUGACAAAGAUUUUGCAAAGAAAAGUCAUCUUAAGGAACACAUUCGUGUUAAACAUGAAGGUAAAGCCUACGAAUGCGUAACCUGCCAUAAGAAAUUGCAAACACAUAAAGGACUUCAAAUACAUCGAAAACUUCAUGAAGAUAUCGGAAUGAAAUGUGAAGAAUGUGAUGAACGGUUCACAUAUAAGUCAGACUUGGAUAGACAUUACAGAGCACUUCAUACAAGUUUAGAGUAUAACUGUGACCACUGUGAACAGACAUUUAGUUGGAAGGCGACUUUAAAUGAACACAUACGCUCUGCACACAAAGGUGUAUAUUUCGAGUGUGAUGAGUGUGAACUGUCGUUUGUUCGAAAGUGGAAUUUAGAAAAACACAAGAGAGAAGUACAUGAUGGUGAAAAAUUCAAUUGUCCCCAGUGCGAUAAAACAUACUCCACUAAAAAUUUCCUUAAGCAACAUGUACAGGUGCAUCAUAAAGGUGUAUAUUUUUCAUGCAGCAAUUGUGAUAAAAAGUAUGCUACAAAGUAUCGCUUAAAUGAACAUAUGAAAAGUUGUAUAACAAAGUGA